UUUGUCCAUAUUAGCAUUGAUAUUUUCAGUUUUCAUAAAAUUUUACACGGAAUUAAUUGUUCUUCAUAAACCAGUGGUAGCGAGCAUGCCACGCCAUGUGGUCCUAUGGCGUGGGGAUUCACGUACACUAAAGAUGCCCGGCAGCGUUUGGCGGUGUUGCUGCGGGCGCUCUUGAUCGCCCAACUGGUCAUAUCGCUUGUCAUGGUGAUCUUCUGCUACAACGUGUCCAUCAAGGUUAUGUCGCUGCUGAAGCAUAUACACAGGUACACAGUAUUCCUUCUCUACGGCCUCAUCCUCUUGCAAGCGUAUUGCAUCAAGCUGCACUACACGUCAGGGUUCCGGCUUCUCACGUGGCUGCUGCGCUGCCCCCACUGGCCGAGGGCAGCGCCCAUCACCCGGCUGUGGAUCAUCAGCGGCUCACUGGUGGCUGUCAACGGCUUGCUGGUCCACGCUGCUUGCAACAGCACCUUGAAGUCCCUCAUGAAUGAGUUGUCCUCAUCCUUACGCAUCGGUAUCUCUAACUAUCUCACUGAGCCUUUUUGGAAGCGACUCAUAGAUACAAUGCAGGUAGAACUGAACUGCUGCGGCGUGGAGUCACCCAGCGACUGGCACGAGAUUCCUUGGAUCAAUAUAGAUUUCCUCAACGAGGAGUCCGAUUUGGUUAUGAAAAUAGCGGGUGCGGACGGCAAGGUGCUACCUCCCGUAUCGCCAUACUCCUGCUGUUCGCCAAACGUUUUGUCAUCUUGUUACCACGAUCCUUUACAGCAGGGCGAAUGGCGGGAGGAGUGGUGGCGCGGUUCAAUGGCGGGUGCGUCACUGAACGCACGAACGUGUUUGGACGCAGUUCGGGACCCGCUCGUGCGAGUCACGCUCGCUCUGCACGUGCUGAAUAUACUCAUUAUACUGAUGCAGACGGUGAUAAUGCUGCUGACGUACGCGGUGUGCAAGGGAGCCCUGGAGGCAGUGUCUCGUGGCGACUGGACGGAGCACCACCACCCUACCGCACGUCAUAUAGAGUCUGAGAUAAGCGUCGGGGCAUGUGCAGUGUCGCUACGGAAACGGCGAUCCAGGAGGAAAAUGCGCACACGCAGUUAUCCCUACCUCUCUUAGGGGUACAAAUAUCAAUAUUGAUUAUAAAUAAGAUGGAAUAAUAUGUUGGAUUAACUAUCCAUAGUGUAAAUAGUAUAUAUAAUUUAAUAUGUAUAGCCUGACGGCAAUCUUUGUAAAUAAAUAAACACCUCGCUAGACCACACAACCAAUACGGAGUUUGCCUGCGUGUUAGACUACGGCCAAAGCCCUUCUUAUUCUGACCCGUGCCAUGUAGUGGGCCGAUAAUGGGUCGCCCAAGAUGCUGACUGUGCAAGGCAUUAAAUCGCAAAGGAAAUUUGUGCACUGCUUUUGCGGAAGCUUUCAUAAUGCGGAUUGGUAGACACACCUUGGAGAGCAUUACGGAGAACUUAUAGGCAUGCAGGUUUCCUCAUUAUUUUUAGGACACCGAAAACGCACAUAACUCCGAAAGGGUCGGGCCGGAGAUCGAACUCAGUCACUCCGAAUAGGCCGAAGUCAUACUACUAGGCUAUCACCGCUCACCGUUCUAGUAUAUAUCAUCAAAUUCACCACAUCGACCCAUUACAGAAAAAGGGUCUCCUC